AUGGCUUUGAAUGUUUUAAGCAAACAGAAAAAUUACGUUUUGGAAAAAUUGUCGAGUUUUCCGUUUACAGUUCCCAAUUCAAAUGAAUUUGAUUUGACUGUUUGUAAACUAGUGCAACGAACAGAGAGGUUGACCGCUUUCUUUCAACUUGACUUUAAUGGUCCAAGCCAAAGCAACUCAUCUGCAGUAAAUGCGUUUGGUUACCGUCGAUACAAAUGGAUGGACUGGUUCAUAACAAUCAACUGUUUAAUCACUUAUACAAAAUUUGUUGCACUUGGUUUCAGCACAAGUGAUUCUGUUGCGUUUUACCUUGGAGAUUCAUUAUUUCGUGCCAAAGAUGGUCAAGCUAUAUAUAUAUAUGGUUCAAUAAUGAUUUCAAUGUUGUUCGUUUUUCGAGAAUGGAUUUUGAAUCUGAAUGCAAAAGGAAGCUUCGAAAUAUUGUCUGCAUGGAAAGUUUGUUUCAAUGGUUUCGACUCGACUAACUUGCAAAUGAACAAUCUUGUUGCCAAAAGAUUUCGUUUUACCAUCUUUUUAUUUUCUAUUUUUACACAAAAUGUGCUGCUUUCAAUGCCUUUCUGUUCAGCAUUAAUAUAUAUUAUACCAUGCUUAUCCAAUCCUUGGAUAUACAAAGUUCCUAAACUGGCCUUUUUCUGUUCUGUUUGGUCCUUUCCAAUCAUCUUUGUUUUUACGCUUCUUUUCAGUACUGCAUUUGGAUUCUUCUGGUACAUAGUUUGCUCCAUUUGCUUUCAUCUCUUUCGACUGUAUGAUCUGCUGCACUCUGCAGAUGACUUGAAUCACCGAUUGGUUGAUGGGAAACAACUUCGAUCAUUUUGUGUGUCAAUCAUUCAUCAGCUUAACAAUUUUGAAGUGGUUUCUCACAAAUUUCGCUAUCUACUGUUAUGUUAUCUUUUAAUAUUUGCUGCCGUAGGUGAUUUCGACAUUUUUCUUGGCACCAUUGUUAAAGUUUACAAUGAGUCAGUCGCAAAUUUGUUCGCAUUCCUCGGUUUCUCGAUUUUGCUAUCUCUUGGAACUUUUGGUUUAAUUUUUGGAAAUUUCAUCUCAAAGCUCAAUAGAUUGACAGUGAAACUGCACCAACUAUCCACCAAGAAUAGACUUACGAUGCGCACAGCAAACAUGGUUUUGGAGAUAAUGGAUCGAGCUGCUGGACCAUACAAUGGCAUCAAAAUCGGAGACCUUUUGACUCUUGAGAAAAGUUUUGGCAUAACGUUUAUAUUAGAAAACAUAUCAGCUUUAAUGCUUUUUAUUUGCAACAUUGGACCUUUGAUACAUACUGCAAAUCUUUCUAAUCAAAAUUAACCAUUCGUACGCGUACAAACGGCGAAACAAUGACCUAUCGUGAUAAUGACUCAAGUUUUUCAUCGCUAUUUAAUAGUAUAACUCUAUAUAAAAAUAUGAAUUGAAUAAAAAUGAUCUGAAUAUAUGCUAA